GAAACCGACCGGAGUCACCUGUCCUGGAUGCUUUCGCCCGAACACUACGGGUGCUGUUACUUAUCUCUACAGCCGCAGCCCUUCCAGUAUGAUAUGGGCGCUUGCACAGUGCCAUAGCUGAAAUCAAGCUGCUCAGAUUUCACAGGAGGGCGCCAGCAGAACAGCCAUUAAAAAUGAGUUGUCAUCUGUCACACCUUCGAAGGCGCAGACUGGAUCUUGCAGAGGAUCCUGCUCUCUGGAAGAUUCAUUCUUGGCCAACUCUGCUUUCCCUGUUUUGGAGAGAAGAGUGAAACGGUCCAUUCCGGCUGAACUAUCGGUUCUGGGGGACACAUGCGGGCACUACGUCGUUCAAACCGUCCCUCACCAAGGAAGUUGAAGCUUUGGUCGACGGAGAGCACCUCUUGUGGUGGUUGGAAGCACUGGCUCUUCACGAAGGCCUUGUGUGUUCAGUUGGAAGCUUCUUGUCUGUUGCGAGUUGGGUCAUGUGGACAUAGGGUGAUGCCGAGUUUAUACAUGUCGGUGACGCUGAUUUUGCACAGUACUCCACAUUCAUACUUGUCCGCUCUGUCCUUUGCUCUAACUGAUUCAAGUAUAUCUAAAGAGUUCGCCGAAAAAAAUCCUUGCACUUCCCAUAUUGCUGCUGGCCAUGUCCCAAAGUGACCUCAGAUCGAAAGAUACUCCGCGGGCAAUCCUCGGCUCACUCGGUUGCAAUGUUGCCAGUGUUGAAUGCCAAACAUCGAGGGUCCGUUCUUGUACCUGCAAUCUCGGUAGUAUUCAAGUCUUUGAUAUCUUGAUGAUCAUGUCUUAUCGUCAUAGGACGGGCGCAACUGACCCUCAGUAUCAAAUAAUCUGGUGUUGGCGCACGGCAGGAGCACCACAUGGUCCGUCACUGCACUGUUGACGAAUCUAAACCCGCGCGGAAGAAUCCUGCCAAAAGGAAUCCCCGGGCUAACAUUUCCUCGAUCAUUAGACGUAGCUCUAUCUGGGAGCAGGCUCGGUGGUACGUUCGCAAGGACACGCUCC